AUGGUCUUCGCCGCUGACGUUUCCUACCCCCCGAACCCCAUCCCCUCAAACAUCAUAACAAACGGCACAGACUCGCCCACGAUAACCGAUGGCACUACCAGCACAGCCGCAGACGCAAACACAAUCACAAACACAACCCCCCUCCCCCCAGGCGACUCCCCCUCCCUCAUCCUAGCCCCCGCAACCCCCACCGAACGCAUCACGGUCCUCAAACUCAACAGCGCAGUCUGGAAAGGCCCCCUGGAAGUCUCCGCAUAUAUCGCCCGCGAAGACCACCUCAAGCAGCAGCAACUCACAGGAAACCGCCUCACAUGCUGGAUCCUGGUCGACCGCACGCAGGAACCCGACCACCGCACGAUCUUCGCCUCGUGCGAGUCGUUUAAGAAAAGCGCUGUUGUGGCGUAUGGCGGGAAGGUGGAGGAGACGGCGACGCAUGGGGUGGGCAGUGUUUAUUGUCGGCCCGAGUUUCGGGGGAUGGGGUAUGCGAAGAGGAUGAUGGAGGAGUUGGCGAUUGAGCUGGAGACGUGGCAGAUUGAUAAGGUGAAAGAUGGGAGAGAGAAGGCGUUGUUUACGGUGCUGUGGUCAGAUAUUGGGAAGGAGUUUUAUAAGCAAUUUGGGUGGGAGCCGUUUGACUCGGCGCAUAUUGAGUUGGUGCCCAUUAAUGAGAGGGAGUUUAAGCGCGAGUUGCCGGGGGUGGAUUUGCCGUGGAUCAGGGAUCUGACGGCGGAGGAAAUCAAUGGUGCUAUGUGCAGCAAGGAGGUGGUGAAGAAAGAGCGGGAGUUCCUGCGUGCUGCGUCUCUCAAAUCCCCCGGUGCAAAGGUCGCUGUCAACCCUGACUUUGAGCAUUUCACGUGGCAUUGGGCCCGUGAGGAGUUUUAUGCCGAACGACUCUGCCCGGAAAAGGCCGCUCCGGUAAUAAAAGGCGUCGGCCACGAUGGCGCUGGUGUGUAUUGCGCCUGGAACCGAAACUUUGGCGAAACGCCCGAGGAAAACACCCUGUUCAUUUUGCGGUGGGUUUACGAUGAGCCCACGACCCCGGCGCAGACGGAGGCCACUAUCGAAGCCAUGGCGGCCGUCCUACGACGUGCUCAGCGCGAGGCGCAUGAGUGGGGCAUGGCAAGGGUUGAGUUCUGGAAUCCGGCUCCGUUAAUGCAAAAGGCUGUUUCCUUGUUAGAUCCAACUGCUGAGGUUAUUCAUCGCGAGAAGAGCAGUAUCGCUAGUUUGAGAUGGAUCGGUGGUGAACAGGGAUUGGGCGAUGAUGUCGAGUGGUUCUGGAAUGAGAAGUAUGCUUGGUGUUGA